AUGGAGCCUCCACCUCCUCUAGAGAUACGUCGUAGAUUAGAUUUUAAUAGAGACAUAGAUCUAAAUUUUUCUGCACCUGAAGAAUGCUACGACGAUGAAAAGACUAAUCCUGUGAGUUUUAGUAAACGUGUUGAUUUUGUUCACUCAAAAAUACCUAAGGAACUUAUUCCGGAAAUUGGUAUGGAAUUUGAGACAGAGGAUGAAGCAUUUAAGUUUUACAAUACAUAUGCGUACAAUUUUGGUUUCAGUGUCAGAAGAAGUACAUCACAUUCUUUCAAUGAUGGCAAGCUAAAAGACAAGCUUUAUGUCUGUUCGGCUCAAGGUACGCGUGUCAAAGAUAAGCGUGAUGUUAACGUUAAAAAGCAUCGGGCAGAGACCAGAUUUGAAUGCUUAGCUAGGAUGAAAAUUACUUUAACACAAACAAGUAAGUAUGCGAUUGUCGAUUUUUAUGCAUAUCAUACGCAUAUCACCACAACUCCUAGCAAAUCCCACUUAUUUAGAUCUCAGAGGCGUUUGAGUACUUCUAUUAUAACACAAGCUGAUAUGGAUGAUGCAUCAGGAAUUGCUCCUAGAGAAACUAUGGAAUUUUUAAGUAGACAAUCCGGUGGUCGUCAAAAUGUUGGAAUUAUACCCGUGGAUUAUAAAAAUUAUCUACGUUCUAAGCGGACGAGGAGAAUGGAAACAGGGGAUACAGGCGGUGUGUUAGAAUAUCUACAAAAAAUGAAACUAAAUGAUCCUAAUUUUUUUCCUGCUAUUCAAGUAGAUGAGGAUGAUUUGAUUACAAAUAUUUUUUGGGCUGACUCGAGAAUGAUUGUAGAUUAUGAUUAUUUUGGUGAUGUGGUAAGUUUCGACACUACGCAGAGAAAAAACAAAGACGGAAGACCAUUUGCCAUGUUUGUUGGAGUAAAUAAUCACAGACAAACUAUUAUUUUUGGUGCUGCAUUAUUAUAUGAUGAGACUGCAGAAACUUUCAUGUGGUUGUUCGACACUUUCGACGAAACUAUGUCUGGGAAGAAGCCAAAAAUUAUUUUCACCGACCAAGAUGCAGCAAUGGCUAAAGCAUUAGCUUCACAAUGGCCAGAAUCGCGUCAUCGGUUGUGUAUUUGGCACAUGUUUCAAAAUGCUGCCAAACAUCUUAGCCAUGAGUUUCAUAAAUUUAAUGACUUCGCGAAGGAUUUCACCAAAUGUGUAUACGAUUAUGAGAACGAAGUUGAAUUUACUGAUGCUUGGAAGAACAUGCUCGCAAAAUAUAACCUCCAUAAUAAUGAUUGGUUAGAAGGCUUAUUUAGUUUAAGAGAAAAAUGGGCAUUGGUAUAUGGGCGAGACACUUUUUGCGCAGAAAUGACCACUACCCAACGCAGUGAAAGUAUGAACAGUGUGUUAAAAAAAUAUAUUAGUUACAAGUAUGAUUUAGUGCUAUUUUUUGAGCAUUUUGAAAGAAUGGUUGACGCUCGUCGUUAUCAUGAAUUAACAAUGGACUUCAAAGCAAGUCAAAGUUACCCUGCAAUGACACUUCCAGUGAAGAUUUUGAAACAUGUUGCGGCCAUAUAUACACCGGCGGUGUUUGAAUUAUUCCAGAAGGAAUUAUGUCGAUCUCAUGAUUGUGCUGUGACCAUUAUUAGUGAAAGUGAGACUAUGAGUAAAUAUGCAAUUACUCCUCAUGGAAAAGAGUAUGAUCGAACUGUUAUCUUUGAUUCACUUAAUAACAAUGUUUCAUGUAGUUGCAGGAAAUUUGAAUUUGCUGGAUACUUAUGUUCACAUGCUCUGAAGGUUCUCUCUGAAAAGAAUAUCAAGAGCAUUCCUACUCAAUACAUAUUGAAGAGAUGGACAAAGGAUGUCAAAUCUGGGAGUAUAACGGGUGGUUCGAAUUCAGUGGGCACAAAUGAUAGAAAAGUAGAUACGGUCAGGCGCUACAGAGAGUUAUGUAGGUUACAUAUUCAACUAGCAACACGGGAUUCAGGAUCUGAAGAAGCAUACAAAAUUGCUUUGUUGGCUCUCAGUAAUAUGUUGAAAGAGGUCGAUGCGAAAUUGAGGGGACUAAAAGUUCAAGAAGAUUUAGAAAACCAAAACAUCUCGCCAGCAGUUGACAAAGAAAUUAAUCUCAAUGCAUCAUUUAAUGUUGAUAAUUAUAAUGUUAGAGGAAUUAAGAUCCGGCCGAAAACUACAAUUGAUACUAGCUCUGUAAGACCCAAGAAUGUUUUGGAAAAAGCUGUAAAUUCAAAAAAGAAGCGGAUUAGUAAGACCAUGGAAUCUCAAAACAAUGAAGAAAUAGUACCAGCUUUUGAUUUCCAAAGCCAAAUGAUGUCGCAAGUCUUUCAGGUACCCAAUGCUUUAGUGAGAAGCAUAAGUAUGGCUAGUACUGACACAGUACCAGCACCAGGACGUCCAUAUGUUAUGCCGGCAAUACUUUUGAAGCAAAUAUCAGUCAUUAUUUCUAUGAGUGUAAUAAUUUUCUAA